UAAUAUUAACUUUUGUUAAUUGUUCUAAAGAUGAGAAGUAGGCCUCUAUAGUUAAAUUGUUUUUUUAGCGCUUCUCCAAAGACAUAAUCUUUAUAAAGUCUGACAUUUUUUACAGAAGGGAAUCGGUAUCAGGAUUGUUUAGAGCUCUCAUAUUUGAUAUGGACAUCAACACGCACAUCAACACUCGCGCGCCCUUGCUCAGAGCGGGUUGACUGACAGGUGGCUGCGUGUGGGCGUGGCACGGAGACGCGCUACAGGCGGCACUUUUGUCCAAUCACAUCACGGGGAUCCUGGGGGAUGUUCGGAAGCAGCCAAUUGGGCUUCGCGCUGAUGAUCGGGCGCUCCCCCUCGUGCGGAGAGAGGAGCGCCGACCGACGGACUUCGUGAUCCAGUGGUCUCACGCGCCCCAUGAUCCAGUGGUCUUACGGACCCCCCUGAUCCAGUGGUCUCACGGACCCCAUGAAACAGUGGUAUUACGGACUUCAUGAUCCAGUGGUCUCACGGACCCCAUGAUCGGUGGUCUCACGGACCCGGGAGGAUCAGCCAGCAGGUCUCCAGCUUUUAUCGAUCCGUUUCUGUUCGCGAUGGCUGAAGCAGCAGCAUGAGGGCCCCUGUUGCUGCACCAGCAGUGCCCCGGUAAUAAGUGAAGACUGUUGAAGAUCUUGCUGUGAGCCCAGCUCCCCCCCCCCCCCCCCUCCUCCGCCUCAAGCCUCUGGUGUCCACGGUGGACGUGACACCGGAGCAGCAGACCCACCAUGGGGAACGGGCUCUCGUCGGACCGCCUCCUGCCCUGCCUGCCGUCCUUCCAGCCGCUUCACAUCGUCAUCCUGGGGCUCGACUGCGCCGGCAAGACCACCGUCCUGUACCGCCUGCGCUUCAACGAGUUCGUCAACACCGUGCCCACCAAGGGCUUCAACAGUGAGAAGAUCAAGCUCUCGCUGGGAGGCGGCGGCGGCGGCGAACGGCGACGCCACUGGACGACCCCGUCGGCGUCCUUCCACUUCUGGGACGUGGGCGGCCAGGAGAAGCUGCGGCCGCUGUGGCGCUCGUACACGCGUUGCGCCGACGGCCUGGUGUUCGUGGUGGACUCGGUGGACGGCGAGCGCAUGGAGGAGGCCAAGACGGAGCUGCACAAGAUCACGCGGCUGGCCGAGAACCAGGGCGUGCCCGUGCUGGUGGUGGCCAACAAGCAGGACCUGCGGGACGCCCUGGCCCUGGCCGAGAUGGAGCGGCUGCUGGCGCUGCGCGAGCUCGGGGCGGCCACGCCCUGGCACCUGCAGCCCGCCUGCGCCAUCAUCGGGGAGGGCCUGAGGGAGGGCGUGGACAAGCUGCACGCCAUGAUCGCCAAGCGGAGGAAGGCCCUCCGGCAGCAGAAGAAGAAGACCAGAUGAUGGCGGUGGUGGUGGU